CGUGGAGCCACAGGAGCGCACAGACUGAGGCACGGGAGCGCAGCGGGACACAGACUCACAGCAGCCACCUUUCAGCUGAGCCUCGCUGGGACUUGUGAUCGAGAAAAAAGUGAAAGUUAUUCUUGAAGCCCUAAAGGAGAUUCAUAUAAAAAGACAAGCUGCAGGAUAAGCCGGGGAACAUGUGGAGCUUUUUUACGCGCGGUGGCCAACUUUUGCGCCACUUGCUGCUGUGGCACGGUGAUCAUUUUAAAGCGCUCCCAGUUUGAGGAGCUUAUUUUAUUUAAUUUUUUUAAUUAAAAGACAGGAGCAUGAGGUCCUGCGGUAUGCCAUGUUUCCUGCGUUGUGUCCCCAAGCUCAGGAUUGCGACUCAUGGGAUGUAGUAAAUGGAGAGCUGCGUUCAACUUUGGACACCUGAAGGUGCAGUCCAAGCUGUCCGUCUUCUUUACCAUGAUCCUCCUCUUCACGUACCUCUUCUACUGCCUCAACGGAUACUGUGACUCGCUGCCCAGGCCCGUGUACAACCAACAAACCGAUCCUCACAAUAAAAUUACAUUCAAUGAUGAGCAGGACAAGUCUUCGCCGGAGCGGCGCGGGGCGCACAACGCGUCCCCGGCCUCGGUUGUGCGGGAGCAGCUGUCGGACUUGUCGAGGAGCGACGCUCCAUCGAACAAUAUCUCUAUAGACAACACUUUCGGCAGCAAAAAGUUCCCCCAGGCCAUCAUCAUCGGGGUGAAGAAGGGUGGCACCCGCGCCCUGCUGGAGUUCCUGCGCAUCCAUCCGGACGUGAGAGCCGUGGGCGCAGAGCCGCACUUCUUCGACCGCUUCUACGACAAGGGACUGGAGUGGUACAGGAACCUGAUGCCUCGUACGCUGGAGGGUCAGAUCACCAUGGAGAAGACCCCAAGUUACUUCAUCACCAAAGAAGCCCCUCGCCGCGUAUACACCAUGAGCCGCCACACCAAGCUCAUCGUGGUGGUGCGCGACCCUGUGACCCGGGCUGUUUCUGAUUACACCCAGACUUUGUCCAAGUCUCCCGGGCUCCCAUCUUUCCAGAACCUGGCCUUCCGCAACGCCACCACAGGACUCAUCGACACGUCUUGGAGCGCCGUACGCAUCGGCAUAUAUGCCAAACACCUCGAGAACUGGCUGCGUUACUUCCCGCUCUCGAGCUUCCUUUUUGUGAGUGGCGAACGCCUUGUGACGGACCCAGCAGGUGAGAUGGGCCGGGUCCAGGACUUUCUAGGGCUAAAACGUGUCGUGACGGACAAGCACUUCUACUUUAACCAGACCAAAGGUUUCCCCUGCUUGAAGAAGCCAGAGGGGAGCAGCAGGCCACGCUGCCUUGGAAAAUCAAAGGGUAGGCUUCAUCCGCAGAUCCCAUCUGGGGUGCUGCUUAGGCUCAGAGACUUCUAUAGACCUUUCAAUCUCAAGUUCUACCAAAUGACCAGUCACGAUUUUGGCUGGGACUGAACAUCAACUCACCAAAGCUCCCAAAAACUUUGAGUAGAAUUCUUGUUCAGUCAACUUUCAAGACCACACAGGGAUAUCUUGAAGACAUUAUGUGAUACCAAAGUUUUUACUGUACAAAAUAGGUAUUUCCUUCAUUUCCCCAACUAUGAAUGCAAGCUCUGCCAACACAUACGCCUGACUUCCCCCGGGUCAGUCUGACAAAGUUUGUUAGAGCUUCAAUCAAAACAAAAGCAAGUAAGAAGCACUGGCUGUGGUUCAUACUGCGGCAGUGUCAUGGGCUCAAGCCUGAAAACUGGAACUUCCAGCACUUGGCACCCCGAGAACCAGAAGUAUGCUAAACUCUUGUUGCCGUCCAAAACAUUUAACAGCACAAUGUCUGUAUUGAAAAUAACAGCAGAGAGAAGCCAAUGCUGCAUAGGGGAUGUGCCUAAAGUUAACCCAAACGGCAUAAGAGUAACGAGCCUCGACAGCCAGGCAAAGCUACGAUAAAUCAAAAACAGACAGUAAGAAGCAAAUGGGUUCGGACUUCUGCACAAUGGUAGCCUACAAUCAAAACAAAUGUAAAUGAGUUGUUGACAUGUAAAUGAAUAAAUAAGAACCACUUAUAGCGCAUCAGCAUUGUUUAUUUCACCUUCCCAAAGUGUAUGCGGUUAUGGAAGGUUAUAUUUUCUUCAGUUCUUUCAGUGCAAGCUCCUUUUCUGGACUUUUCUAAGAAAGUGCAGACAUAUCGAAACACAGGGGGAUGUCUGGUACCACUCAUGUAAAACAGUCAACUAUGUGCUGUAAAUGUGCUGUUUAUUUAUGUCCCCAGUACAAUGCUUCUUUACAGACCAAUCUUUUAUCAGUGUUUAUUUUCAACGUCAUUUUACUGACACUCACCUCCUCUAACGGUAAUUACAUGCAACUGUAUAUUUCUAAAAGCCUAAUUUAUAAGAUGACAGAACUAUUGUUGAGAUGUUUGCUCUGACAUUUUUUGUAUUUGAAAUUCUGCUGGAAAUUCUAAGUAAAACUUUUAUUCUAAGAUGUGUUUUGGACUCUUGCUUAAUCCUUAAUAAAAAGACACAGGUUAGAAAAACA